AUGUCUUAUCUUGAAAUAGUUAAAAGUGUGGAUAGAGAUAGGAUUUAUCGCGGUCAGGCGAUUAGAUAUAGAAUCGUAGUUGUAUUGUGUUCUUUAGUGUUAGUGUUAGGUAGUGUUAGAGGGGGGUGUAGUGAUGGUAUGUGUGAUAGUAAAGUAGGCGGUGAUAGUGCCGUUGUUAUGCAGGAAAUAACAGCUCCGGAGAAUUGGGCAGCAUCAUCUAAGAUAACUGAAGACUUAACUACACAUGGGUUUUCGCUUCAAGACAAGAAGAGUGUCGUCUAUGUUAAGAAGCACAUAACUGAAGAAGUAACAGCGGUGGCCUCGGACUCGACCGUAGCUUUAAGUCCAACCAACUCCACCGAAAACAUUGAUAUGUAUAUGGUGUUGUGGCCCGAGCCAGAGCUACAAUUCACAAUACCCAAAAUUAGUGAAGUAGGCGGAUUGCAGAGGGUUUUGAAUACAUUGAAUAAUAUUGUUGUUAUCAAAGCUGACAAGGUCGUGUUUAUCUAUAACGUAGAGCAUGUCAAGAGGUUACCCGACAGAUCCGAUGCUAUAUUUCGAAUUAUCAACACGCUAAAGUGUAAGGAGCUGGAACUUAUAAUAGAAGAGUAUGACAUAGAGAGAUAUUCGCAAUGGGUUAGUAUAGUAGAUUGUGGUUUGACCCAAUUACAGGAAACAAUCGAUUAUGCUGCUUCGAAUCCAAAUCGCAAUCUCACAAUUAACGUCUGUUGUUUGAACCCAUCUAGGGUAGAUCUUAUUGGGUUAAAGUUGUCCCAGCGGAAGCUAGUUGCCAAACUCACUCUGAUAGUGACAGUAAUACAAGAUCAAAAACGUCUUCUAACCUAUCGCCCAGAGCAGGCCCCAGAGAGCCAUGCACGUAAUGUUGAGGCCAGCACCAAUAUUAAUUUCACAGCUCUCCACAAUCAAGAAAUCCAAUGCCAAAAGAUUGUUCUUAUUAAUGAAUUGGACAACUUAACAGUAACUGGUCUUGAGGAUGCUAUUCAAGGCAUUUAUUCCGAAAUAGUUCUAGAACUGCGUUGGGACACUCUUCUCUGUCUUAUUCAGCGUAAUAAUCCUGUCAUUAAGGUUCAUACUAUUAUAGUUAUUGUUCCACCGCUUACUAAGGAACUGUUCCGGCCAGAGUUUCUUCAAGAGCAACCACACAUUACUCUCCGAAUCUUUGCUGUCAAAAUAGUUACCCAAAUCUGUACCGAGGAAUGCCCGUGUAUCGAGGGCGCGUAUAAUCAAUGUUACACCCCCGAAGUAUACGCCAAAUAUGGUAUCUCGGUUGGUGAGAGUACAUUUGAGUAUAAGAGAAGACAGAAUGGUCUGUUAGAUACGUUAAAGAUCCUUGAAAACAAGCUACAUGUGGAUUGUGAGAAGGUAGUAGAGCAGGUGGAGAGUUGUGGGAUCCAAUGUCCUGGUGAAGAAUAUGGCGAUAACAAGUGGGAAUUUCGAGAAACAGUUAAUAUCAGCCUUGACAGUUUAUGCAAUAAGGUUAAGAAGGAUAAGUAUAAUGACUAUAUUGACACGGGCACAGAUGUUCUUUUCUGUCAGAAUAUAUGCUAUACAGACAUCCAUAUUAACUCAAAGCAAGCUUAUGGUCCUAGCGAGCUCUGCCAAUCCCUUUUAAAGCUAUUCAUCAAUAUCACUGCUCGCACACUUAGAAUCUCAAAUGUUACCGAUGGGGAAAUAGGUAACUUUGACCUAUCUAAGAGAGAAGGACAGAACACAGCCCCUGAAACCUACCGACGCCGCCUUGAUCUUAAGACCCUAAUACUAGACAAUGUUGCCAAUAGCCUUAUUUACUGGAUACUAAACAGCUACAUAUUUGCCGAUUCUAUGGAAGUACAUAUUCUGAACCAAGGCUACAAGAAUCUUAAUAUUGCCCGAAUUCUCUCCCUUCCUAUAUGUCAGAAUAUCUCUAAACUUGUGCUCAACGACUUUGUUGGAUUAGAUGAGGUGAAGUAUUACGAGGAGUAUAAGAAAGAAGAUAGACUCACUGAGCUCUCAUUAUUUAACUACAUCGAAACAAUGAAAGCCGAAAACAAAACCACCACGGAUCUUGGUCUUAACAAACUGGUGUUGCAACUGGAAGGUCUUGAUUGCAAUAAGUAUACUGAAAUCUUAGCUAAGUUUAAGAGUAUUGGUAUUCAAUGCGAGGUUGUUCCUUUAGUGGUUAUUGUUGGUCGUCAAAUAGUGAAUUACAAAUCCUAUAUAAAGACGGCCACCCGUGCUGCUUUGAGGGAUCACAGCAAGCCGAUUGAUAAGGGCCUGGAGCUCAAGAACAUUAAUCUACAAGACUUAGAAGCGGAUAUUGCCAGUCGAUGCGCCAUGUCUACAUCACAGCCAGAUCCAAACCAAGAACAAGAGUCUCCUAUCCAGAAACUUUCCAUUGAUAAAUUAUCGUUAUUCUUCCGUGACACUCAGUUCAUAACUGAGCAUAACUUAGUGAAGAUUCUCGAAUGGAUUGCUUGUCAAUUUGUAGGCCCAAAGUCGUUGUAUUUCUACCAUCUUGAGGUUUCGGAGGAUGAGAGAAAGAAGAUGCUAGUCGGCAAUUACCACAUCAAUGGGUUAGAUGCGUUCAAAUAUGGGUACAUGCCACCUGAAUACAAAAUAAUCGCGUUAGUUUCCUGUUCUGCCCAAUACUAA